AAAAAAAAAAAAAAAAAAAAAAAUUCCUCUAAACAGAGUACUCGGAGAAAAAAGUUCUCUGAAUAGAGAGGAUCCUAAAACCCUAGAAAGAAGGAAAGAGGUGGAGAAAUGUACGGAUAUUCUCUCUCUUCUUCCAUUCGUCGCCGAGCUACGACGGUUCGUUCUCUGAUUUCUCUCUUUGGGACCAAACCCGUAUCGCUUCUACAAUCCUAUGGCCGCUUUGGCCAGCUCAGUGCUGCCCCAAGAUUGGAAGAAACCAAGCCAUUCUCUACAGAUACGCCACGAGUAGCACACGGUUGUGUUGAGAGUAUUUGUGGUGGUUCUCAUUCUUGUGAGAAUUUUGCAAGAGGUGGAUUUGCUGGAACUUCAGGGCUGAGUUUUGGUUUGAUGAAUGUAAGAAAGAAUUUCUCUACUCCCUAUGCUUUGAGUUUUCGGAGCUGCAUAUUUUCUUCCAGUCGAAACAAUAUUGAGACUGGGGGGAAUUCUAGGUCCAUGAACUUUGUUAGGGGAAUUAUAGAGGAAGAUGGGAAGGACAUCAUGGGGGGUUCUCGAUACAAUGUAGAGCAAAAUGCUGAUAUUGUCCACAUAAAGCUGCUGCGUAACAAUACUUUUGUUACAGUGACGGAUUCUAAAGGGGACACAAAAUGCAAGGCCUCUGCGGGAUGUUUGCCAGAAAUGAAAGGGGGAGCUAAACUGUCUCGAUAUGCUGCUGAAGCAACUUCGGAACACGUGGGACGAAUGUCCCGAAGUAUGGGGUUGAAAUCAGUUGUAAUGAAGGUGAAAGGGUUUACUUAUUUUAAAAAGAAAAGGCAAGCAAUCAUGAGCUGGAGAGAGGGCUUCACUAAUUCUCGAGCGGAUCCGAAUCCAAUUGUAUACAUCGAAGACACAACUCGUCGUCCUCAUAAUGGCUGUCGGCUCCCAAAAAAGCGCCGUAUUUAAGCAGUGGUAGUCUGGAUGGUGAAUGCUGACAGGGAGGGAGCAUUAGGAUGAGGAUUGAGGAAUUUGUCGAGUACUAGCUGAACUUAGUGGUGCAAAUAAACUUCUGCAAGAUGUCUUGGAUGUACUUAUUUUGUUUGAAGAUUGAAUUCAUUUUGAUUUAGGUGCAAAAUUGACAUCACUUGUUUAGUUCACAUAAA